AUGCCGAAUAACUCCUCUCAUAUCCCUUCCGGAGCCCAGCGUGCGCUACAAAACUUCGCCAACAGAACUGUCAACGGUCAGCAUGUGACGACUAUUUGCAACGAAGGCACUAUUGUUAUACCGACAGAUGUUGGUGGCGGCAAUAACAUUGCAAUAUACAACGACGGCACAGUCGACAUGCCAAUAGGCGUAAGCGGUGGCAAGAAGACGACGAAAUACAAUGAGCCCGGCAAAUCCAAUACUACAAAGCGCAGUAGAGGAGCUCAUGAUAGGAGCCACAGGAACCACUAUCGCACUCAUGACGAAACCAACGAGUAUGACUACAGAAACGAUAACACAGCCUACGGCUACACACAUGAUGCGUUCAACGAACCCAAUCCUACUGUAAACGAUUGGACCGAGCAUGGAAACUACAACGGAGCCAACGUUUAUCAUCACGGCGCCUCUAGUGGAAACCAGCUGAUCAGUAUAGAUCAUUCAUGGAACAACAAUAGUUUUGGCAUACACAAUGCUCCAGGAGGCCAAGUUUCUGUGCCAGCAGGUUCCACUAACAACAACAAUAUUGCCAUAUACAAUGCACCCACCGGCAAGAUUGUAAUGCCGGCUAAUGUAGCCGAUACCAACAACCUUGCCAUACACAACGCACCGAACGGCAAGAUUAUCAUGCCGACAAGUGGUGCCGACGGCAGUCACAAGAAUCCCGAAUUGAGCGAAGCGCAGCGAGGUGGCCAAGGUUGCCAACCAACAACCUAUGAGGCUCUCCGGGAUCACGGCGCCGAUGAGCUCCAGCUGUACUUUCUUCCCCAUAUCAGCCGGGAUCCCAAAGACGAGAGGACAUCGGGCGUUCUUUGCGACGACCAAGGUCUGUGCGAUAGACUCACUAGCAGUCUUCACCUGCCGCCUUUCUUCUUGCAGCACAAAGCGUGGGACUCCAACGGGUUCCUCAUCAACCGACACGUCGCAGCUCCCGAGGACCAUGAUAUUCAAAGCUAUGCGGGUCGAUUUUUGAUAAAGAUUGUGGCGUCGGCGAACAACAAGUGGACGUAUUCCUGGCAGUUCUUGUCGUUUAGCAUCCUUUGGGCUAAGAAUUUCAAUGACGGCAAAGUAUCCUGCGUGGUGGUUUGCUAUGAUGACUGUGGCCAAUUGGAGGGCAAGAUCUCAGACGCGUUGAAAAAUUACUCACCAGCAGACAUCAAGGAUAGCCCGCUCGCCAUUUAUGAUGCUUUCCUGCAGGUGGUUAUUUGGGAAUAUGAUUCCGCGCUCUGGGGGUUCCGGGAACCAGUCAGAAACAUUGAAAAGGCUCGAGAGGCAUUUAUCAAGGAUGUUAUCGCCAUCGAAAUAAAGGGAGAGAGUGAAAAGAUCACAAAAAAGUAUACGAAUAUGCAUGAGCUAUCUCGUCAUUCAAUUCACAUGAGCGAAACACUUCAAGCGGCUUCCAAGACCGUCGAAGAAACCCUCCGCGAUAUUGAGACAAGGUUGAUAAGCCCUGAGUCAGGGUUGGGUCUUGCAACCAUGAACACCAAGAACAUCGUUGCUGGCAUCCGAUUCUCUAACAUCUUUCUCAACAACCUCAAGCUGCGAUCUGAUGCCUUUGUGGCACGGCUUGAGAAUGAAAUCCAGAUGGCAUACAACAUGGUUAGCGUUUAUCAGCUCAAGGAAUCAAACGAGUCUACGGGGUUGACCAAAUUCGUAACCCAUUUGACCCUUUUCUUCCUGCCCUUCACUUUUGUUGCGGGCUUUUGGGGGAUGAACUUCACCCAGCUAGACAGCGACAGAAAGAUGUACGUAUCCACAGACAUCUGGAUGUUCGUUGUGACGGGGUUCGGAUCAACGCUCGCAGCAUUCAUCGUCCUGUAUUAUAGACGAAUCGCCGCCACGACCAAGACCGUGUACAACAAAAUCACCCCGGCUCCCGUGCGCCGACCAACCUUUGGCCUCGGCAAUCAAUUCACUUGGGAUAUAGGCCGCAAGGCGUGA